AUUUCUUUUAAUUAGAAAUUAACUAAUAUUUUACUUUGUCCUGAAAGCAUAUGAAUAUAGAAUAAGUUCAAAUAUACAUACAUUUAUAAAUAUAUAAUUUAUAUAAUAGAAUAGGUUUUAGUUAUUCAACUUUGCAGAGACGACUUCCAUAUUAUUUCAAUGAUUAUCAAUCUUUUUACUUAAGUAUACAUCUUAAGUAUUGGUAUCGUAAAAUAUUUUAAUUCAAAUAAAUUGUAAGGGUUUAUGAACAUGAGCUUGCCCAAGUUGGCCAGAGAGUUAGUUAAAAAACUAAAGGAUUACAAGAGGAAUAUAACUAGAUUUAUUUUUGAGAUUUUUAAAAGGAAAAUGCGGAAAACUGCCAUGGUGUCUUAGUUAGUGGAUCCGCGAGCAAGCGUGGAAAAAAUGAAUGUUUGCAUGAAUGUACGUACUUAUUUAUUUUGUAGAGCACUAAUAAUUACACUAACACACUGCCCCCGGGGAGCUUCGUGCUGAAAGGGGGGUUGAUGGGUGGCGGGCAGCCUUGUCCUUGUCAAAUGUUUCGUUAUCUGCCACCGUUGUUGUUGUUCACACACCAGCAAACACACACACACACACAUACACACACUUACAGAGAAAGCAGAAAGAACGCCCAUGGCCACCCACUCCGCCUCUUUGAUAGCGUCGACAUCAACUAAAACUGUAAGCGACUUCAAACGACGCUUUGUCAGUGACCUUCGCGUGCUGGGGCGAUGGCAUAUGUUUUUCUUGCCACCCACCCAUGUGGGUGGCAAUAUGGGGGAGGUAAUGGGUUGGAGCCAUGGAGCGCUGGGAAACUUGAUUUGACAUAUGAUGUGCCCGUUUCGUUGGCGACUCCUUACCCAAUCUGGCCCAAAUACAUUUAUCAAUAUCGCUUCUGGUCGAUUGAAAUACCAACCGGAGGCGGCAAGUCUUCACCUCCGUUUGGCAGCGAAAGAAAUCCGCCCAUUGCCCACUAACCCCACCCAAUCGGUCAUUAGCAUUUUCGGCGUGUAUUUAUGGGCAGAAAAUGUUGCGCCAUAAACAUGACAACAAAACAAAAUGCGACAAAUUUGCGACGAUUGGCCAUGUGGCACAGUGAGUUCCUAUCCUAUCCCCCAGGGCCAAAUAAUUGUCAUCCAGAAUAAAAUAUGUAUGCACGAAUAUUGUUUGGCUUACGCUCAAUUGGAGGCCGUAGGCAUUGGCGAAAAAAACCCAGAGCCAGGCCAGGAGCAGGCUCAUUCUGAAAGCCAGCCCAAAUUGCAAUGCAGAAACAAUUGCAUACUUGACGGGGCAAAGUUUAUUUUUAUGCGAGCGACACUCGGUGGGGUAUUGAGAAGUGGUUACAGUGAGGACUUCAUAUCGUGAACAGAAAAGUUAACCACCAUGUUUGGAAGGAAAUGGGGAAGAUUUCACUUCGCGAAGUGUAUGGCAAGUAUCGCGCUUAAGUGCUAUAGCCUGCCUGGAUGUGUGUAAGUCUUAAGGAGUAUUCCCUGUACACACACUCAUCCGCAUAUCCACACGCACGAGUAGUGGAAACAAAUCAACUCUGUUUUGGCGCCAUGCGGCGAGUUGCUCUGCACUUUGGCAGACCGACAAACGCGACCGCGGCCGCGACUCUCGGCCAGAAGCACGGCGGAGGCUAAGGCCAGAGCAGAGCUGCCGGAGAGCCCAGCACGGCCAAAAGGCAAAGGCAGCCAGCCGGGCCAACUAGUUUUUCUUUGGUUCCUCCUUUGGCUUUCAUUGUACACGGGUUUGUUGUUUAGUGUGCCAUUGGCGCUAACAACGUGCGGUUCGGUCUUGCGGUUUUCUCGCCGCCCGGUGAAGUCGGUGAACGGAAUAAAUUCUAGGCCGAUUUGGAGAGGGUCUAAACACUGGGAUGGUGAAAGUGCAUUAAAAUCAGAUCAGCAGAUUACACAAGUCGGCCUGCAAUCGGGUUUGGGUUCCUUGAACUCCACAAAUAUAACCAGCUACGUGGCUCUGGUUUUGUGUAACCCAUUUGGUUGGCUGCACUUUAAAGGCGAUUACAAUAAAUAUUAAUAGGAUUUAUUGAUUGACUGGCAGUGGGCCAAAGCCAGAGCCAGAACCAGUGCCAGAUCGACACAAGGCUCCAGACCCAUGUCCUUUCUUUCGCCCACGCUGCGCCUGGAGAAUCUGUCCACGCAGCCCACGAUGACGCAGGAUCAUGUGCCCGAGGACCAGCGCUAUAACAAACAAAAUAUCGUCGCCCAAUGGUGUGUGCCCAUCAAUGGCAAGAUGUACCGCAUCGAGCUGGAACAUGGCACAACCAGUGGGCGCCGCAUGAUUUGGGUCAAUGGACGGGAAGUCUUGCGUCGCGACUGGAUGUUCAAACUGGUUGGCGAGGACACCUUUCACAUCGAUCAGACGCGCUGCAUCAUACGCGUUGAUCCUGCGCCGGGUUUCAAGUACGAGUACUCCCUCUACAUCGACGGCAAGUCGCACGACCAGUACACCGAGGACAUGACACGGCAGUAUCGACUGUGGCUAUAUACAGAUAAUGCGGCCACAGAGGCGCCGCAGGAAUAUAGAAUAAUGCUGAAGCUGGAUACGCUGAGUCUCUAUGUGAACGAUGAGCUGCGCACCGAGGAGUCGGUUUUUGUUCACGGCGGCACAGACACCAAGUUCCUGCAGCAGGACACGGAAUUCGUGCUUCAGGCACGCUCAAGUGGCAAUAAACAUGAUGGCAUCGUUCACACUCUGCUGGCGAAUGGGGUGCCAGUUCCGGAGGCGAAGAUUCAGGAGAUUAUGCAAGAGCCGGUCUCCAUUUUGCAGAGCAGCAACUGAGGGCUCCACACGAUAGGAUAACGUUUUGCAUUUGUUGAUUUUGUGCCCAGUUGUUAAUAAAAGUCUUUGUCUUAUACAAUA